GGGUCCGGGGGCGCGUCAAUGACGCGGUAAAGUCUGCGCCGGGGCUGUUGACGCGAGAGGGCGAGCGACGGGAGGAGAAGGGUCGAGGCAGCGGCGAGGGGAAGAUGAGCAAAGCGCACCCGCCCGAGCUGAAGAAGUUCAUGGACAAGAAGUUGUCACUAAAACUGAAUGGUGGAAGGCAUGUGCAAGGAAUUCUACGUGGGUUCGACCCCUUCAUGAAUCUUGUGGUGGAUGAAUCUGUGGAGAUGGCACCUGGUGGCCAGCAGAAUAAUAUUGGCAUGGUGGUAAUUAGAGGAAACAGCAUUAUCAUGCUAGAAGCUUUGGAAAGAGUAUAGUGAAGACCUCAUCAUUUUUGAGCCUUUGAGGCAUUACCGGAAAGGUGACGCUGAACAAGGAUUUGAAGCUUUUAAUUUUUUGUCAUGGAAGAGAACAGGCAUUUGCAUCUUACUUUAUAAAGAGGGAUGAAGAACCAUCGGAAUAAUUUGCAAUUUGUACCUUUUGUGCCCUGAAGAAUAUUAAAUGUUUUUGUAUUAAAAAGAUUGGAUCAGUUGCUUUUA